AUGCUGGGCACGGCGAAUGAGGAGAGCAGUUGUGGGGGUAUGCGCGCUUUGCUGGGCCUUGCGCUGCUGGUGCUGCUGUUGCUGGUGCAGGUGCUCGCCCGUGACUACUACGAGGUGCUGGGCGUGAAACGUGACGCAACCAGUGCGCAGAUCAAGAAAGCCUUCCGAAAUUUGGCCCUGAAGUACCACCCGGACCGGAACAAGGAGCCGAACGCCGAGGAGAAAUUCCGCGAAAUCGCCGCCGCAUACGAAGUGUUGGGCGAUGAGCAGAAAAGGAAGAGGUACGAUUCGGGUGCUUGGGGCUUCGAUGAGCAACAGCAGUAUGCACAGAAUUUUGAUUUCGAUUCGUUCUUGCGCGAUUUUCAAGAAAGUAAGUGGCCUUGA